AUGGGCAACUGCUUCUCCUCCUGUUUCCCAAAAGAAGAUCCCGAAACGAUCGCGCUCCGAGAGGAGAACGAGAGGAGAGAGUUGCAACAAGCGCGCGACAACGCCGCGCACGCGGCGGAGGCCAGAGAGAAGAAAUUUUCGAACUCGAGCUUCGGGAAAGCGAUUAAGAAAUCGGAACUGAAAGCGAAAAGAGAAACGACACUGGGAGAAGGAGAGAAACGACGCGCGGAACAAAACGCGAAGGAUUGGUUGAGUUAA